UUUUUUACUGUUUCCUUUUUUCAGCCCUGCGCGUUCAUUUGCUCUCCUUCGUUCAAGGACCACGCCGCCCGACCGGCUGCUGGAGAUACACAUAAUUGGGAAGCUCAAGUGUCGCAACGUGUCCACACACAGGCAACUGCCAACCGCGCACCGGCUUCCAAUCGGAUGACGAUCGACUGCGGUAGAUUCUCCGGACUCCUGAACGGGCGUGGAAAACUCAACCACAAAGGAUUUCGCUCCGGUUUUCCCUUCACAGAAGUGUGUACCUAUGAGUGAAAAUUAAUGAACGUAAUUCAAUUCUUUGUCAGAGAGCGGGCGCUAAAGCACCACCAGAACGCGUCAGUUCAGUUGUAAAACGUGGAGAGGGGCCACUCGGAAGAAUUAUCAUGCCGUCGUAAUAAAUUAUAGCAAUUGAUCGAAGAGAUACGAUACCGAAUCGCCCAGGAGGACCCCGAUGGCAGCGUAGUUUGGAAAACAAUGAUUUAACUCUUCCCGCAUUUCCCAUAUCGGAACAUUCCACCGCGUGGAUUUGGUUCUGGAAAAAAUACAGUGUUUCACCGGGAAAAGAACACCACAUCCGGUGCGGUUUAAUAUAUGACCGGUGUGUAUGUGUGUUGUGCGCAAAAAAAAGCUAGGAAUCGAUUCCACGGACCACCGCACCAGAGCGCAGCGUAGUGACCGACCGGGAACAUAGAGGAUGAAUCGCGAAACAAGGAUCAAGCGCACGGCGGUCCAGUUUACAAAUGGAGUGUUGGGCAAAUAAUAAACAUUCGCGUAGUAACGAGAGGAGCAUCCAGCAGUGUUUGAAUUCAACCUACCACGCCGCUGGUGGAGGGAGGCAGUGCGGGGCAGACAAGCAACUGCCAGUUAGUAGUGAAUGAAAACAUAUCAAAUUGUUCGUGAAAACGGAGUAGAAUAGUACGAUGCCCGUUAGUUGGAUGGUGUGAGCGGCGUAUUAUUCGAAUACGCGCCAGCCGAAGUGUAUGUAUCUACAUCAGCAGCAUACAGGCAUUCAGCCUCGGAGCCAUUAACCGGCGCAUGUGACGACGACGACGACGCUGAUCAGGAAAAAAGCGCGUCAGAGUGGCAGUGUGAAAAAGUUUACUCGAAACAGAAGAGAAAAAAAAAAUCAAUUUUCCAUGCAAUUUAUUUUAAAUUUGUGCAAUAAAGCGUGGUCCGCCAGUUGAAGCAGUUUUUGGUGAGUGAAAAAAAGAAAAACCGGCAAAAUGGUUGAUUCCAGAAAUUGGCAGAUAUUGCAUCCCGCUUAUCGAUCGACUGGCAAAACCGGAUGCAAACAGCAAUAAAACAAAAACUUUUCGUUUUUAACGCCAAUUUCGUCUGAAUAAAUGGAAGUAAUCGAAAUGGGAUGCUGUACGCAUUAGAGGAGCGCUUGAUGCAGAUCGCAUAGGGAAAAAAAUACUUUGGUCCGCAAUACAAUCGACGUGUGAAAUCGAUAUUGCUGUUGGUGUUACAACGAUCAACCCAAAACUGGUCUCCAAUUUAGUUACAUUGACAAGUGUCGGUACAGAGAGAAAAAAUUCCAAUCUCGUUGAAGUGUUCUAACUAAGUGCGUGUGCGUGUGUGCAACAAGUGCAAGUGUGGAGCGGUGCUGUAGGACUUAAACUAUGGCACCGACUUCGUGUGGCCCAGGGAGGCCACCACCACUGCCAGGUGAUGGCAGUGGCGGCGGAUGGCGACAACGUUGGCGAUCUACGGCAAACCCACUUCUGGUGGUUCAACGUUGGACCAUUUUAGUGCUGGUGACGACGAUUCUGGCUAUUGAUCUGCAUGCCGUAAAAGCCGAGAAAACGAAAGCUUAUCACAUGGAUUCAAUCUGUAAAACCCAUUUUUUACAACAACUGUAUAGGAAAAUAGAUGGUGCUACACUCUCCUCCAAGAACGAGAGAAACCUAAACUGUGUUAUCACAUUUCAAACACACUCGAUACUGCAGAGAUUUAUGUUACGUUUCGAUAUGCUACAAUUAGACUGUAAUGAUCAUUUAUAUGUAUAUGAUGGAGCACACGCUGUCGGUACACAUAAGGCGGAUUUAACCUGUAAGGACACAAAACAAUCAGUGGGAGCGCUGUUCACCAAAACGAACUUUCUCACAUUCAAGUACGUGACCGAUAACUGGGGCACGGAAACAAACGGUUUCAAAAUGGUUAUAACCUCCGUCAAGGAUUCCAAGAUCAACUGCGCCGACUUUCGGUGUACGCAGCCGGAGUUCUGCAUAUCGCAGGACCUGGUGUGCGACGGGGUGAACCACUGUGCGGACGGGUCCGAUGAGGCCAUCGGGUCGCUGUGCGCCGCGCCGAACGAGUACAUGACGACGAUCUUCGGGCUGGACCUGAUGGUGCUGAUAUUCGUCGGCGUCGGCUGCCUGGUGGUGUGCGCGGUCAUCGUCUUCCUGGCGAUCUGUGUGUACCUGCGGAACUCGCGAGCGCCCAACCAACUGCACUCGUCGAUACAAUUGAAUCAGAUGAUAGAAUCGAACGGUUCAUCGAAGCAUCUGCACGGAACACUGCCGCGGGAAACAACAACGCUACCUGCUUCGGGAAACUUGCAUCACCCUGCGGGACCAUUAGGGUACCUCCGCAUUCCACACAAAUUGAUGGCCAAAGUCCGUCCCAUUUGGUGCCUGGCAAAUUAAGACAAUUAGGUCCGGAUUUAUCGCAGCAAACCUCACAGAAAGAUGAGUGGUUUGUCUAGAGCUAGACAGGAAACACAUAGAGCAACAAAAAUGAAAACAAUCUAACCAAAAUUAAAGAAUCACCGAGAAUCAAUGGAACUAUCUACUAGAGCACGAAACUGAUGGCAAACGGCAACAACAGCAACAGCAACAGCAGCAGCAGUAACAGAGGAAAGGAAACAACUCAACGGUUAAACAACAACAACAACAUGCAGCGGAACAACAGAAACAUCAGGAAUGAAGGAACAACAUCUCCGAGAACAAGCCAACUGAGAUAGCAGCAGCGCGACAGGAAGAUCAAGCGAAGGAGCACAAAGCAGAGCAUAUCAAGAUCACGAAUCACAUCACGCAAAAACGCUUGUGGAACUUAUCUUCUCAACUUGUAACAUCACACUCACAGCAGCAGCAGCAGCAGCAGCAGCAGUAUCAACAGCAAAUAACAUCGACGAUGCAACUUGUUUCACGUUCAACGAGCAGGAAAAAGAGACCGCAACUAUGCAGUGUUGGGCAGCUGGAGCAGAGUAAAACGUAAAACGUGAAGCAAGAGUCAUUUGAAACGCACAGUAAAUCGAAGAAGAUAAACCAACGGAACGAGGUGAAAAACGAAACAGAAGAGGAAUGGCAAAAUUUCAUCAGCAAUCCAUAACAAAUGAAAAAAAAAAACGAAACAAACAAGAGCAAGCGAAAAUGUGUAGAACAAAAAGGGAAAACAAAAUCAUUCAUUCCGACGAGCAUACGAACAAAUCACACAAUCGAACAACAAUUUUUGGCACUAUAUGAAGACUGUCUGGUUGGUCAUCAAAAACCGCGCAGGGUGUAAAAUAAAAAAAAGGGAGAAACAGUGUACCCAACAUCUAGCAAAUAAACUAAUGUACAUCUUGUAAAUAGUGGUGGACAUAGCGCGACGGAGAAAAGCAACUAUCGGCGACACGGAGCAACAACGACACUGCAGCAGCACACUGUAUGUACACGUUUUGGCCCCCUGUUUUCGGUAGGUGAAUCUAUAUACAUAUACAUAUACAGAUAUUAUAGAAGAAAUACAGAGAAUUUAGUUUAUUGUAAACAAAUAGAGCUCGGUUAGGAAUCGGUCGGUGAAUUGGAGAGGAGAAGAUGAAGAUGAUGUAUGCGGUAUUCGAGAUUGGAUGCAUCGGAGUCGAGAAAGUGUCACAUAUCUGAGAUGCGACGAGCUGUUUAGUCUAAUCUUUGUUUUAAGUGACGAGUAAGCAGAAUACAUUGGAUAAGAAAACGGUACAGAAAAAAUCGCGAAAAAAUACCUAAAAAACUAAACCAACGCUCGAACGUUCGGGCACUAGUUGAAAGUAUUGUAAUUAGAGGAAAGAAGAACUUUAAAAAUGUACCAAUAAUCGUGCGUGUAUGGGCGCUGCGUAACAAACUGCGAGAUAUCGAAUUUCGGUUUUACGUUCACUCAAGUAGAAAACAGAAUGAAAAUUCUUAUUUCCGUGUGAAAGGAAAAUAUCAGUAGAAAACCCAUCAAAUCGAACUUUAAACCAGAUAUUUCAACAUCCCAGUUUGGCAUCCGAAAGAAAUUAAACAACUAGGAGAGAAAAGUCAUUCCAAAUUUUCUGCCGAAUAGAAUAACAUUUGGAAGUUCCGGAUGUGUCCAUCCCAAUAAAGGUUGGGAUUAGCUUUCCGGAUUCAAUCUAGGUGAGAAGGUGUUGUAAACUUGGCUUGGUACUCCUUUGCUGCACCAGCAUGCACCUACAACUGCUCUGGUCUAAUUCAACUUCUACAAUCGUAAUGGCAAAGAAAAGCAAAACUAAUUAAAUCCAAAUAAAUUUCCCAUUUCCAUUACCGAUCUGCCGCUUCUGCUAGUGCCUGGCAGUCCUAGUAAAGUGAUGUAGCAGGGUUUUUUUUCGCUUGAGGGAAAUACACUUGCAAUGGUACUGACUGACAAAGACAAGUGGAUGCCAAAAGCUAUCAAUGUGUAAUUUAAAAUGCUGAUUAGCUUCUGUCACUCUCACUUCAUCACUUCCUCUCGCUUUUCUUCUUAGUAUUCUAUCAGCGUUUCUAAAAUUAUUAACUGAGACCUUGCCAAUGACCAUUUUGCAUGUGUUCUAUCGUGCGGUUCGCACGAAGAUACUCUAACUGUAUGCCCUAGGAAGUCAAGGAAAUUUUCCAUUAAGAAAAGUUACUGGACAUACCGGGAAUCGAACCUCACUUACCACUCACAAAAACUUCUUCCCACGACAACUGUGGAGAUGCAGAGGUAUGCUCGUUCUCUAGUAGCAACGAAUGCUACACUAGCAUUCCUUCCCCACUUUGAUAACCGUAAGGACGUGGCCGGCGCCGUUAUUGUCUUUAUAAUGCUUAGGACUCUCAAAGGUACAUAUUGGUAAUGUUAAGCCAACCUAAGGUUCCAUUUGAUUGGUACGGUCAUCUAUGUUCCAUCAGCAGAGCUGUAUGUUCAUGAGUUCAAGAGUUCAAAAAAAUGAGUACCUUGAAUGUUUAGCCAUUACUGAGUAUCGGACGCCGAUUUCCGCAAAACUUCUCGUCCCUCUGUCUGUGACACAUCACCAAGGACAGAAGGAAGAAGUGCAGCGUUUCUUUCGGGGGAAAACAGAGAAAAGAACCAACCGAAAGCAAAUGAGACCAGUCGGUCUGUGGUGAUGGCGAUGGGUAACACUGCAUCUGUGGUGGUGGCAUGGCGUGGGUGGCUGCCUGUCUGCUAUGGGUGCAAAUUGUGCAGUGAAUAAUCGUCGUCGACGACGACGACGAACGAUUCGAGAGCUUGGGCCACGAGGACCCAUCAGAGCGAGUGGAAGCUGAUUUGAAUAGGAAAAUAGUUUUUUUUCGUGUUGCUUUUCCAAUGUGGCUAGUAGCGGUGCGGUGGACUGAAGAUUCCCCGAGACUAUGAUAGAGAUGGACUAAAAGGUAAGGUAGUGGUGAGCUUGUAGGUACACGGCAGACGUAAGCUAAUGUUUUUCUAUUUUGCUAACGGCGAUAAUUUGCAUAAAAAUGCAUCGCUGGCUGGUGGUAACCUAGUUGUAAAAUCAGAGCAGGUUCGUUACUGUGGGUGGUGGGAUGCUACCAGCUAUUGCUGCUGCAGAUUCAUAACAGAGAGAAUUUCGGUUUGAAUCAGCAGGUCUCAGGAUAGGUAUUUACUUCAUUAAGCUCCGUAAUCACGUCGAAGCUUUUGACACGCUGAAUGACAUGGAAAUUGAAAUUGGGAAAUUGGGAGUAUAGAAAUCAUGUUUUGUUUAUUUAAAAACUAUUCAGCCCUCACCAUGAAUACGCGAAGAUUCAAAUGGAAACUAAAGUUCUUCAUAUCGGAAGAUGAAUAGUUUUCAUUUUUUUUAAUAACUAAAUAAAAAAAAAACAUUUAAUCAUUGAUUUCUCAUGAAUAUUUAUUCUUAUUGAUUUGAACGCGAAUCAGUUGAACAAAAUGCAAUUUGGAAGAUAAUGAAAGAACAUGGUUUUCCGACGAAACAAAUUAAGUGUAUUCUGGGGGUGUAAAUAUAGUUUAGUGUUAUUCCCCUUGAGUAUCCUUCCCCUAGCAGGUAUUAGUAACAGCCAGCACCAUGACGAGGUUGUCAGUGUGAAGCUAUCUCAUUGAGGAUAGAAGCUUUGGCGGAGCAAGUUGACUUCAUCGUGUGGUUCCGUAUUAUGCCAAGUGACUCUACUGUAGUUUGCUAAGAUGGUGGGGAACGGAUUGAUCCAGUGUGUUUCGCAAUAUUCAGAUAUACGUGCAAACGCUAGAUGAUUCAAAACCAAGAGAUUACCGCCACCAAUGUCCCACCAUUGACACGUUAUUAAAAAAUUAUUUCAAAAGUUUAUGAGAAUUCUGUAAGGAUUUUUGUUUUAUUUAAUUCAACAUCAAAUUCAUGAUAACACUGAAUCAACAAUUUGCCGCCAUAAUACUUGAUUUGCAGCUGCAGCUCUCUAACGUCGGUCACGCCCAACGCUCGCCAGAUCACACUUCACCUGGUCCGCCCAUCAUGCUCUCUGCACUCCACGCCUUCUUGUACCAACCGGAUGGUUAGCAAACACCAACUUUGCAGGGUUGUUGUCCGGCAUUCUUGCAACAUGCCCUGCCCACCGUAUCCGUCCAUCUUUAGUCACUUUCAGGAUAUUGGGUUCACAGUAGAGUGCAGCGAGCUCGUGGUUCAUCCUUCUCCGCCAUACACCGUUCUCCUGCACGCCGCCGAAGAUCGUCCUCAGCACGCGUCGCUCGAAAACUCCGAGUGCUUGCAGGCAGACAUGGGCAAAACACCAAACCGUGCCGCACCGGUGGCGUGUUUGCCCGUAAACACACCACCGUGUGUGUUCAUAUCACCACCUUCGUUCAGCUUCUACUGAUGAACACGCAGUGCGACUGGCGAAACACUCGUGUCGGUGUUAUAACUCGAGCCUCAGUUUCGGCUCCGUGUUUCAGUUUUGGUUGGGCACGGAGGCCGAGUGUUUCCGAUUGUAUGAAACACCAAAGCAGUGAGUUCGGCCACAGUGCGUGCUAGCUUGGCUGCAUCAGAGCCACUGAGUCAGAAGGGACGAGAAAGACACAAAAGGAGCCGCCAAGUACUUCACUCUCGUCGUCGACCAACAGCAUUUGCAACUGGUGCCGGAGAAUGAACGGCGCCGAGUUCUUGAACUCGCACGAGUGUUUUGCAUAAUCGGAAACACUCGGGCUCCGUGUUACCCGAAGCGUCAAACACCGUGCCCAGUGCCUGAGCACCGCCACCGACACCGGUGUUGAGCCAGACACGGUGCGCGUUCGUUCUGAAAAGCGGAGAGCUAGGUGGUGGCUUGGCACCCACGGUGGUGUGUUUAAGCAUCGACUCCUCGUGCAGUGCAGUGUUUGGACAUGUCUGCUUGCAGGUCCUCUUUGAGCAUCGUCCAUGUCUCGUGUCCGUAGGGAACCACCGGUCUUAUUAGCGUAUUGUACAUGGUACAUUUGGUGCGGGGGUGAAUGUUUUUUGACCGCAGUUUCUUCUGGAGCCUGUAGUAGGCACGACUUCCACUGAUGAUGCGCCUUCGUAUUUCACGGCUCACGUUAUUGUCAGCCGUUAGCAAGGAACCGAGGCAGACGAAUUCUACUACUACCUCGAAAAUAUCCCCGUAUAUCGUAACAUCGCUGCCAAGGUUUGUCCUGCCCCGCUCAGUUCCACCUACCAGUAUGUACUUUGUCUUAGCCGCAUUCACCACCAGUCCGACCUUUGCUGCUUCACGUUUCAGGUGGGUGUACUGUUCUGCCACCGUUCCAAAUGUUCUAGCAAUAAUAUCCAUGUCAUCCGCAAAACAGACAAAUUGGCUGGAUUUCGUGAAGAUCGUACCCCGGCUGUUGAGCUCAGUUAGUCGCAUAACACCUUCCAGGGCGAUGUUGAAUAGCAGGCAGGAACGUCCAUCACCUUGUCGUAGUUCCCGUCGAAAUUCGAAUGAACUGGAUAGUUCACCCGAAAUCCUUACGCUGUUCUGCACACCGUCUAUCGUUGCUCUUAUCAGUCUGGUAAGCUUCCCGGGAAAGCUGUUCUCGUCCAUGAUUUUCCAUAGCUCUGUGCGGUCUAUACCUACUGUCAUAUGCCGACUUGAAGUUGAUGAACAGGUGGUGCGUUGGGACCUUGUAUUCACGGCAUUUCUGGAGGAUUUGCCGUUGUCGACCGGCCGUCGAUGAAACCGGCUUGGUAACUUCCAACGAACUCAUUUACUUUAGGUGAAAGACGACGGGAGAUGAUCUGGGAUAGCACUUUGUAGGCGGCAUUCAAAAUGGUGAUGGCUCGGAAGUUCUCACACAUUAACUUGUCGCCUUUCUUGUGGAUGGGACAGAUUAUCCCUUCCUUCCACUCCUCCGGUAGCUGUUCGGUUUCCCAGAUCUUGAAUACUAACUGGUGCAGACAGGUGGCCAACUUUUCCGGGCCCAUUUUUAUGAGUUCUGCUGCGAUACCGUCCUUACCAGCCGCUUUGUUGUUUUUGAGCUGGUCGAUGGCAUCCUUAACUUCCCUCAGCGUGGGAGUUGAUUCGUUUCCGUCCUCUGCUGCCUCGAUUCCCCACGCCUACAUUCUCUUCGCCAUUCAAGUGCUCAUCGAAGUGCUCGUCGAAGUCCAGCUUCCAUCCUUCUCCCUGCAGAUUUCGGCUUGCGGCACGUAGCCUUUGCGGGAUGCGUUGAGCUUCUGGUAGAACCGUGUUUCUUGUGAACGGCACAGAAGUUCCAUUUCCUCGCACUCCGCUUCUUCCAGGCGGCGCUUUUUCUUCCGGAAGAGACGGGUUUGCUGCUUCCGCUUCUGUCUGUAUCACUCCACAUUCUGUCGGGUUCCAUGCUGCAGCAUUACCGCCCGCGCUGCGUCCUUCUCCUCCAGAACCGCUCUACACUCCUCGUCGAACCAAUCGUAUCGUCGACUCCGUUCCGCGUACCCGAUGGUGCUCUCGACUGCGUUGUUGAUGGCUGCUUUGACAGUACUCCAGCAGUCCUCUAGAGGGGCCACAUCGAGCACACCCUCGUCCGGCAACGCUGCCUCCAGAUUCUGCGCGUAUGCGAUGGCGACAUCCGGUUGCUUCAGUCGCUCUAGAUCGUACCGGGGCGGCCGCCGGUACUGUACAUUGUUAAUAACGGAGAGUUUUGGGCGCAGUUUAACCAUCACCAGGUAGUUAUCAGAGUCGAUAUUAGCGCCACGAUAGGUCCUGACGUCGAUAAUGUCGGAGAAGUGCCGUCCAUCAAUCAGAACGUGGUCGAUUUGCGAUUCCGUUUGUUGUGGUGAUCUCCAGGUGUAACGAUACGGGAGGCUGUGCUGGAAGAAGGUGCUACGAAUGGCCAUGUUCUUGGAGGCGGUGAAAUCGAUGAGGCGUAGGCCAUUUUCGUUCGUCAGCUGAUGGGCGCUGAACUUUCCAAUCGUCGGUCUGAAUUCCUCCUCCUGGCCUACCUGAGCGUUUAGAUCCCCUAUGGGCAGCGGUCGUACUCGCGUUCGAGCUGCGCGUAAAAUGCGUCUUUGUCAUCAUCAGUGCUUCCGGAGUGAGGGCUGUGCACGUUUAUUAUGCUGAUGUUGAAGAAUCAGCCCUUGAUCCUCAACCUGCACAUUCUUUUGUCGAUCGACCACCAAUCGAUCAUGCGCCUCUGUAUGCCGCCCAUCACUAUAAAAGCUGUUCCCAGCUUAGGUGUGUUGCCGCAACUCUGGUAGAUGGUAUGAUUACCUCUAAAUGUUCGCACCAUGGAUCCUGUCCAACACACCUCCUGCAGCGCUACGAUUCCGAACCCGCGGUCCUUCAGUAUAUCGGCGAGUAUGCGGGUGCUCACGAUGAAGUUGAGAGAUCUGCAGUUCCACGUACCGAGCUUCCAAUCGCAAGUCCCUUUUCGUCGCUGUGGUCGUCGCCAUUGGUAACGGUUCGCAUUCUUCUCUUGUUGAUUUUUCGGUGCUAGUCUUUUUUACGGCUAGCUCGCAGGGCCUGACACCAACUACAGGAGCUCUCCUCAAAUUGCUCUGGGAGCUCCGCCACGCAUCUAUUUGUUCUCAAGAAACUUUGUCAGAAAUACCCACGCGAAUUUCGCUAGAAGUUUCAAUAUUAGCUUAUUAACAAUUCCUCCAUGAAUUCAAUUAGGAAUUAGUCCGAAAGUCAUGAGUGAGACUUUUAAUUUAUUCUCAAGAGUUCCACAAUUUCAGGGAGGCCACUAAAUUUCAGUUUUGGAAUUCCCGUCUUUUUCCCGGUUGAAUGAACAUUUUUGGAGUAUGUAACACCCAACGGCAGCACGAAGAGAGUGUGAUUGCUGAAGCGCAAGAAAGCAUGAACAGGAACAAUAUGCGGAGGUUUUAUGUAACUGUCAAUGGUGCGCGGCACAAGACUACGCCAGUACCCGCUAUGUGCAAUGACCUGGAAUGAAGUUUGCCGAUAGACAAAACAAUUGGAGCAGCCAGGUGGAAGGAGCACUUCAAAGAUUUGUUGAAUGGUAGCACCCAGAAACAGGAUUAUCAUAAUGGAUGACAGUCAAGCAGUGGAACCAACAACAUUGGGUGAGGUUAAAAAGACCCUUAAGAAGCUGAAAACAGCAAGGCUGCUAGGAAGGACGAGUUCCCGGUCCGACUUCUUAAGCACGGAAACGAGCAGCUACAUCAAUCAAUCCACCAGAUUAUUGUAAAGAUUUGGGAGAAUGAAAAAUCACACUGAGACCUCUUGAAGAGUCCUUCUUUGACGAAUACCAGGCUGGAUGGUUAGGUCAAGUUGAAGAUAAGAUGAACAUUAUCGUGGCAUUGUAAUCUGAACGCUGAACAGAAAAACGUGACUGGUACAGUGCUUCUUCUGAAACGCUUAAAUUUUACUUGAACAGCUUUCUGGAAAUUUAAGUUAAGUCUUCAAACGAGUCGAAAUAAAUUUGUCCAACUCUAACUCUCUUAUCCUAAGUGUUUGUUUCCUGAAAUAUAUAAAGUUUCAAUCCUAUCUUUCUUACUACGACUUUUGACAACUAUUUCUAUACCUAAAAAGCGUUCCCGAAAAAAAAACCGGUUUUUCUUGAACCACCCUAAGCUUAUUCAGAAAAACAUCUCUAGAUCGGUCAAUUUUAAAGCUACAUAAAAAGUGUCUUCAGGGAACUUUCUCAAAAUUGGAAGAUCUGCAACUUUCCCGAAGAAUAUAUGCAGUUAUUCUAGCAAAUAAAAAAGUUUGGUUCCCAAUUUCUUUGAGAAUAUGGACCACCCUAAUUUUUAUGUACAUUGAAAAGAGGGCCUUAUUUUUGGGAACAACUUUGUAGAAGACCAUAUUUGUCCAACAAAUCAUUUGAAGGCGCUGAAUGCAUAUUUCCUCGUUAAUCUAUUUCGUGGACCAUUGUGCACUGCAGCAACUUUCACGAGAAAAAAGAGAGAAAAUUGAACCGGAGAUGCAUGUAAAAAGAAAAAUCGAGAAUGAAUCCGGUGAAUCACACACGACGUGCUAAUCUGUAACAUUUGUCGGCGUCAAAAUGUUGUCAGACUUGCUCAUUUGAAUAAGCAAUAAAAAUUAAGACAUUUUUUCUAAUUUCAUGAAAUUUCGCCAUGUUUUACCAAAGCAUUUGUAGGUUUUGAAAUUUUGAUUAUUUUCAACAUUUAUUUUUCUGAGAAUCGUUUUACCCCGUUAUCCUCUCCAGAAAGACAAAAUAUGUAAUAAAGCAUCUAUUCUUGAAUAGAAUAACGAACUCUGAAAAUUCGAGUCCGAUCAGAGAAUAUCGUAGCAACUUUAUUUCGAAAGGAGGUUGAGUUAGUCCGUUUUACCCUACUUUCCCCAAAUGAAAAAAUCCAAUAAUUGCAUUUCUUAGUCAUCUUUUUUCUGUUGAAUUGGCUUCUUUAGCGGUGUUGAGAUAAUUCCAUAUUCUGAAUCUGCAUGCAAAACUGAGCCGAAAUCCAAAUUUUCAUGAAUUUUGAUGCCCGGGAACCUAUUUAAAAAUCAAUUUGAAGUUUGUAUGGGAGCGAUUUGUCGAAUCACCCCUUGUCGCAUUUUGUACUGGGUGGAGCUGUCAAACAGUUAUCCAACUGUCAAAAGGUGAUUUCAAAAGAUCUCUUUGAAAUUGAUUUAAGGUACCAAAAUAAAGUUCUAAAAAUCAGAAAAAAAUCAUAGUGGCUCAGAAAAAGGUGCUCUUUUGUAUAAAAUCAUAAAAUCGAUACAUUUUUCUUAGUUCAAAAACCCAAUUAUUAUUGAAGAAAAACCCUUGAAAGUUAAAUAACGUUGUCAUAAUUUGCGACAACACUUCUUUUUAGACAGCUAAAAAUAUGGGGUAAAAUGCACACCCCGAGAAAAAAAAAUUUUUUUUCGAAAGUUUUUAAGUUGGCACAUCUGGGUCACAUAUCAAAUGAAAGCUCUUGGGUUAUCCUUCAAAACGUAGUACUCAGUUUUUCAUCCUAGUUCUGUUGGUACGAAAACAGGCGCUCUGAAAAUCGUCAAAAAAAUUAUGAAAAUAACCAAUUUCUUCAAAUUAAAUAUCAAAGAAUAUCCAACGCUUGGCUUAAAUGGAAGUGCCAUAGAAAUAGAGUGUCCAUGCAAAAUUUCAGCUGAAUCCGUUAACUUUUGCGGAAGUUAAUGCGAUUUUAGUGAUUUUACCUAUUUUUAGACAUGAAAUCUUUGAGGGCUAUUUUACCCCACUUCCCCCUAACGGAAAAAUCUGACAAUCGGCCAGAUAUCAUCCUUUAUAUGGAAAACCAUACCCUGAAAAUUUCAGCUCAAUCGGAGCACAUCGAUACAAGAAGGGGUUGCGGCUCUCGCGAACUGGCUCUUAAGUAGUUUAGUUAUUCUCAUAUCUGGUAACAAGUUUUUUAGUCCACGGCUGGUUCAAUUUAGGACGACUAGCAUUAAUUACUUUUCAAAGAAAUAUGCUACGUCGUAAUAGGAUUUCAUCAGUUUUGAUGUUGUGAUAUUGCAAAUUUUGAUAACUCAGGUUGUUGUCGUUUUAACCGUUUUAACGGUUUAAAAAAAAAUGAAAAUGGAAGCAAACUGAAAACAAAAUUUGACAUCAAAUUAAUUAAAGAUAAUCUGAUAUCAAAAUGUGAUAUCAAUUUGUUGCUGAAUACAAAACAUGUUUUUGAUUUGCUGUAAUUUUGUUGUUGGACUUUGUUCGGGUUAGCUUUCAUUUGGUGCUCGUGGAUCAAAUUCACGAUGAUGAUUUUUUUAUACAGUUUAUUCCAUUUUCAUUACAAAUUUUUAAAAUGGAAAAAUACUAUGCAUACUAGGAAUGUUUCGCUAGAAAUUAUGAAGAUGCCUAUAAGACUUUCUUAAGAAGCAGAAGGCUUGAUGAAAUCCAUUCUUAAUCACAAUAAGUAACUUUCAACAACAAUUUGCAGUGUGUAAAUGCACGGAAAAUCUAACACCUGAUUGUAUUAUAUUUAGUUUUUUCAUCCCAAAGCACAACAUAGGCAUGAAGAUGUAAAAGAUUUACUUAUCGUUUUUACAACCAUUUCAUUUCACUAUGAAAGCGAUUAACGGAUGCAACGGAUUAUGAAUGUACUUGGCAGCCAUUCACCCAUCCAUCCAUCAUUAUUGUUAUUGUUGCGACGAUAAUCUCUUUCCAUGGCAAAUCCACCUUACCAGCAGAGGGGCGGCAAAAGACGAAGAAAACUGAAAAACAUUCCAUCAGCAAAGUCAAAAGAACAAUAUUCCAUUUCGAAGCGGCGGCGUCCGAUGAUAGCUCAUUGCACUAGCACAGGGUAGGGUAAGAAAAAAGUAGUCGGGGAAGUGGUACUAACUGCACUGCACUAUUGAUAUAAGAAGUUUUAUGCAAUUGCCUCGGUCGUUUUUCGCGACAGCUCGGCAAAAAGUUUUCCUCGAGCGUAAUCCUCAGCUCGUGAAUUUGAUCCACGAGCUGAUAAAAGCUGUAGCUGAGGGAUGAUAAGAUUGGAUUGGAAGGAGGGCCGUCAUUAAAAUUAAUUAGAUAGGGCUCUUCCCACGGGGCAACGGCUUCGAGGAUGGAACUUGAAGACAAUGUUAGUGACAGUGUUGCCAGCUUGGGCAUAUGGUUAGGGCAAAGGUGCCAAAUAUAUUAUGGAAUUAUAAUAACCAAUUAUGCAAUCACUGAUUAUCACUGAGCGAUACUAGACGAAAGUCUUUCAUCAUGUUUGAGUCACGUUUCUCAGACAAACUUUUUACUUAAAUUAAUUAAAAAAUUGGCAACACAUUUAGUUCAUAAAAAAUUAUUACUAUCAAAAAUGACUGUAUACCAAAUGUCUGGCAUUAGUUUUUUGCAAUUGGUCGGUGUUUUUGAUGCAUCAGUGUUGCCAAAUUCUCCUUAAGUAGCGACCGCGACUUCUUCCUCAUAUUUCCAUAUCUAAAAAAUGCAUUCAGUCCAUCUGCAUGGUGGCCAUCUCGGCGUCGCCGACAGGGAGACUUUCUCUUGCUGCAGAUUGUGACAACUUUUUGAAAAGUAGGAUUUCCUGCCUGCGUUCUUGCACAAGUACAACAAGUGGUAACAACAGUACCAGCGGCGACGGCAGCUAAAAUUCGUGCGAGGAGGGCGCGUUGAUUAAUUAAUGCAAUUAUAUCGUUGUAUUUGUCAAUCACCGUCCGUUCUCGUCAUCGCCGCAGCAUCUUUUGCGAAGGCUGAUGGGUUUAUAUUGUUUUUGUUGUCGGUUGGUUGGUUGAAGUGCAUCCAAAUGGGAAAGCUGGCAAUUUCCAGCUUCAGUGAUUUCAAUGAAAGUUAAUUGCUUUGUCAACGCUAAAGUAGUGAUGGUGGUGGCAGGCAGUAGUAGGCCAUGCAUGCAGCACUCUAACCUAGAUAAUCCAAGUAACAGAGAACUCAAUUAAAAACUUUUGGCAGCAUCAGCGUUUUAGAAAGGUUACUACGAUACCAAAUUGUACACAGAUUGUGAAGAAAAAAGAAAACUCAAAACCACUAAACGAUAGUCCAAGCAUUUAAACGUGUAAACUUGGUGUGAUGUGAAAACAAGUAAAUUCUAGAGUUGUAAACCAGUAAAACAAAUACAAAAACCAAUCAAUAGAGCAGCGAUCACUAAAAAGUACAAUCGAAAUUAACUCACACAGACGCAGACACGCGAUGCAGAGCAAUGCGAGUACCAUCAUCAUUCAUACACUGAACAAAAUUAUCCACCACAUUUACUAGCGAAUCUAUGUCGGUAAACGAAAUGGAAAUCACUCUUCUCGGUGUCAGUCGACGAGUUGUCACUCUCGUAGUCGUAAAAUAUCUCAGAAAUAUAGGACAAAUAACAUUUUACGAUACCAGUUUACUUUUACCCCCAAAAUAGAACCCAAGUUUUCGGUUUAAGCUUUCCACUCACACAACUUUUCACCGAUUUUGAUUGGAAAAAGGCUGAGCGUUUUGAAUUUUUAGAAUUUUUACAAAAUGGAUGACAUCCUCUACUGACAGACACACACAAACACAAUUUAAACGGAACAGAGUAGUGGAAAUUUUAAAGCGAAAUUUGUCUGCUUAAUGCUUACGUAAAUAGCGAAUGGAAAACGAUACAAUAAUCACAUGACAUACACUAAAAGAAAAACUUCAUCUACAUUUAGCGCAUUAGAUUAGUUGAAACUACUACCAUCAAAUCAACAACCAUCACAUCAGCUUACAUUAGAGUCAAAUUGCACGCGAAUCGCAUCGCACUAACACAUACGCACUAGCAAAUCAAAUUGUGUACUGAAAUCGUUGUAAGUGUGAGGGUGUGUGCGUGUGCUAAUCAAGUAGGCUAAACACUAGUGUGUAAACAAACCCUUUGCUAGCAGAAGAAAGACUCCAAGCUUACUACGAUGAUGACUGUUUGGACGUGUUUAUUUAACUGGAAACCCACAAACAAAAAUCAGUGUUGCCAACUUAAAUGUCUGAAAUAGGUAAAAUUAGGGCGAAUCAUCUUCAGUUCAGCAAAUUUAUAAACAAAUUGAAGCGACGAGACGUACUGAAUAGAUAUUUCAUCUUCAACACGGACCUGACAAAUUUCAAACCAAACGAACACACACACAUACAGGACAUCAGAAGACGCACAAAACUAGAAAGGCGCGAAUGAUGGUAAGCUAUCCAUUUCUCCAAUUCAAAAACUAUCAUCAAUUUACUACUUAAUGUGAGACAAUAGUAAACCGAUAAGAACCGAGAACAAUUCGAACUGGGAGGAGCAAUUUUGAAACAAAUUUUUGCGCUCUUAUAUAAUGUCAAUGAAUAGAACUACUUACUCAUGAAAAUCGGAAAAAGAAAACGAAACCUACACGAUGAAGAAACCACAAAUCAGUAUCUUCCUCUUGGAACAAUUCAGAAUCAUUCAGAAAAAAAAAACAGGAGAUCGUACCACAUUCCUACAUAUCCUACAUACAAUAAUUAUCAGAAAACAGUUAUUGGAUCCCACGCAAAAAUGAAGAAAAGUGAAAAUUCAACUCACAUAUCGAUCAAAUUAGGUUUUGUAAGGGUCAUUUUCACCAAAACGAAAAUGAAAAGAAGUAUUACGGUUCAGUUUUUAUCUUCCGAAAGACGCGCAACAACGCAUUCCACAAAUGACAAAAUCUAGAUGCAUUUAAAUGUAUUAGCGAAAGAAAUAUGUUUUAACAAAAUAAAUAGCGUAAGUUCUCCAAUAACUAAUCUGGGCCUUAGUUACUAAAAAGCUUCCGUUCCGUGUAAAAUCCGACUCAACUAUAAUUAGUGUUAGAGAAAUUGUCAAGUUAGUGCAUGCGUACCUCAAAAACAUCGUUGCCAAGGAGACGAUGCGCGUCAUACAAAAAAUGCUUCGACCGGAUCGCAAAAUAGUCAAAUUUGCAACUUAGACGCGGCUUGCUUCGAUUGGAAGUUUCGUCCGCUACGGCAUUUUGUUGAGCUUUGUGAAGAAAUCUAUCACGUAGUUGAUUUUUACUCCGGUGCAAAUUUUAAACGUCAUCUGAUAAUGCGGCAUGGGUGGAACAGCAGCAUGUCACCACUUCCUAGGAACCAAUACUAUGAAACGUACAUUAAAAACACACACACAUACAUAUGUAUAUGGAACUAUCAAAAUGACCUUUUCCGCAUUCUAAGCAGAAACGACACAUCUACAUAUAUACAUUAACUUAUUGAAGAACAUACAUAUAGAGAAUUACCCUGGUGCUUCUGAGUAUUUUCCCCUCCUUUGUGAGUCAUAGUUUAGCGAACCAUUAUAUCCAAACAAAACCCAAUUUUUACAAAAACCCGAAAAACAAGCUCUUAAUGCAAUAAGACGGACUCUAUUAUACAUGUAUAUUUGACAGUUCACCCUGAUUGGGAAACUCGUAGCCAUCAGUAGAACAUUUUCCUCAAUCACGCAGGUGAAUACGUCGAAAUAAUAUGUAUACUCUUCUUGAUCCAACAUGAGGAUUAAUUUUUAUUGAAA